AUGGAUUCCCUUCCUGUCGAAGUCCGCAGCCUGGUGUACGCCGAGUGCGUCAAGGCGCGCACGCUGAAUCUCCUCCUCGCUAACAGAAAGAUCUACCACGAACACAUUCCGUACCUCCGAGGAAAGUUCGUGCUGGGCUUCCAUAUCGACCCGGCCGCGUCGGCGUCCGUGAUCACGCUUAUCGACGCGGACAACGCCCCAUGGGGUAACAACUGCACCAUCGACGCCGUCUCGGCGCACCCCGACUUCGACCUCCUCGAUAAGAUGCCGGUGGAUUUCUUUGCUGGGAUCCGGAUUGUGAUCGACGCCCCCGAACCCCAUGACCCGGGCCAGUUGGUGCGAGGCUGGUUCCAGGCCAACCGGCUUGCCACGGCGUUGCUCCCCCGAUGGGACGAGCCGGUCUUGAUGCCCAGACAUGAGGGGGACAUCUUUGUCGCGACAGGGCGAACGUCAAGGCAGCUGCCCUGGAUCACCAUCCACCUUCGCGACAGAGGGUUACGGAAGUGGAUCGAGAAGGGCGAGUGGCACUGUAGUGUCCCCAGCUACACCUGUUGGGACCCCGUCACCCGCACCUUGGACACCAGGCGCGCUGGCAGUGGAUCCAUCUUGGACGCGCAGACCCUCUUGCUCCCGUUUGCACGUAUCAGGUACGCCGAGUCCGCGGCCGUCCAGCUACCGCGUGACGCCCCGUACGUCCAACCACUGUACAACCUCACGGUGUUUAUCGCGAACUAUAGCAGGUGGCGGACCUCCUUCGGCCUGUACGUCCGCAAUGACGGUGUCUGGGACGACACCGACACCCUCAGCAUCGAAAGCGGCCUGCACGUGUGGCUGGAUUACCUCCUCGACGACAUGGACGGUCCCACGGCGGCGGUGCUACGGCGCGACCGGUUCAAGCACUGGUGCUCGACGUACGAGGUCGACAUGGGCAAAUACUUCCACGGCAUCUCGUGGCGGCAGGGCGUCGUCGGCCGUGCGAGUGACAAGCUGCACGAGGACCUGGUGGAGCUGAUCGCGCGGACGUUCCACGACCGGUUCAUGGCCGCGCGGGAGCACGUCGUGGUCGCGUACCGGGACGCGCUGCGCCGGCUCGGCCAGACGGUGGUGACCAGCACGCACAAGGAGGCUAUCUUCAAGCUGUACGCGCACGAGCUGGCCCUGCUCGGGGUGACCCACCCGACCCGCGUCGGCCGCAACGGGGUCCUGGUGGUCGGCACCGACCAGACGUUCUGGGAGACGUGCUACCCGCAUGGCAUCGUGCCCAAGUCGCGCAACGACGCCUGGGACGACACCUUGCUCACCCUCCCGCUCUGGCACCGACUCUACCCGCCGCUCCACGACGCCAUGACGGCCUGCCAGACGUUCCCGGCCUUCGUGGGCCGCUGUCCCUGCGACAACGACGUGUAUGACAUCUACGUGGUCUACCAGGUCCGCCAGACCAUGCGGGAUUUCUUGUUCCAGUUCAAUUCCCGACCCAACGCGGCACGCGUGUUAGGCCCGAUCCCGUGA